AUGAUAAAAGAUCAAUUCAGACUUAAAAAUGAUCGGGCAAUCCUAGAAACAUUUUCCCAGAUGGAAAAUUUGCACAUUUCACCUGAUUCCACUACUUUGCCUCUGAUUUUGAAGGCUUGCUUAAAGCUUCAUGCCAUUGAAACAGGCAAAAGGAUCCAUUCUAAGAUCAAGAGUAAAAAUUUGAUAAAUGAUGUUCGGGUUCGAUCUUCCCUCGUCGAUUUCUAUGGGAAAUGUGGGUUACUUGAAGAUGCCCGCCAUGUGUUUGAUGAAACGUCUCAAAGAGAUGUUGUGUUGUGGAAUGUGAUGAUUAAUAGCUAUGUAGGAUGUUGUUUGUAUAGGGAAGCGUUGUUGUUGUUUAAGCAGAUGCGGUUUGAGAAUUUGAAGCCUACCUCGGUUACAUUGGUGGCAUUGCUUAUCGCGUGUGGGGAGCUCGUGCAGUUGAGAUUAGGGAAAGAGAUACAUGGGUUUUGUUUGAGGAAUGGUGUUUUUCCUUCAAAUUGCUAUCUUGGGGCUGCUUUAAUUGGGUUUUAUGUGAAAUUCGAUGUGAGGGCUUCUCGUGUUGUGUUUGACUUGAUGCCUAUGAAGAAUGUUGUUAGUUGGAAUAUUAUGAUGAAUGCCUAUAAAGGUGUUGGUGAUCAACUUGAAUCGCUAAAGCUUUUUGCGAAAAUGUUAAUCGAAGGGGUAGUAUGUGAUAAAGUUUCGCUUUUGGCUGCCAUACAGGUGUGUUCUGAACUUGGUUGUCUGGAUGUGGGCAUGCAACUUCAUCAACUGAUCAUAAAGUUUAGGAUAUUUGAAUCUGCUCCUAUUUAUGACAUUGCCAUAUGGAAUUCAACGAUAUCAGCUUGCUUAGAGUAUGGAAGACAUGAGGAGGCCUGGAAAUUGUUUUCUAGGAUGCAAUUAGAAGGAUUCAGAGUAAAUGAAGCUACAAUGACUAUUCUUUUAACUGUAUGUAUAGAAAUGGGUUGUGAAUUGAGAGUCAGUAGGUCCUUACAGGCUAAAUUAAUUAGAAAUGGGUUUUCUAAUAAUACGUCGAUUGUAAAUGCAGUCUUGAGAAUCUAUGCACGUCAUGGCUGUAUUAACAAUGCAAUGAUGCUAUUUGACGAGUUGAUUAGACCAGAUGUAGUGUCCUGGAACAUUAUGAUCUCUGCUCUGGCUGGUAAUGGAUUAAAAAAUCAUGCUUGGAACUACUUUGAGAAGAUGUUAGAUUUGGAAAUUAAGCCUAAUAUGCACACGAUUAUUGCUGUUCUUACUGUUUGCAAGGAUGAAUCUUAUCUUAAUCUGGGUCGAUCAUUACAUGGGUAUGUGAUGAAGCAUGGGAUUGAAGUAAACAUAGAAUUAAGUACUGCACUCAUUGAAAUGUAUACGAACUGUAGUGAUGAGGUAGCUGCUAGAAAUUUAUUUGAUAGGUUCUCAAACAGAGAUGUAAUAUUGUGGAAUUCUUUGAUUGCUAGUUACGUGAGAAAUAACCUGGCUCAUGAAGCUCUGUCACUUUUCAAGAGAAUGAUCUUAGAAGCAGAACCCAAUUCUAUAACAAUAAUUAAUAUUCUCUCAUCAUGCAUUGACGUAGCUAGUCUUCCUCUAGGUCAAUGCCUACAUGCUUACACAAUUCGUAAAAACUAUUUUGGAGGCUUGAAUUUGUCACUUGCAAAUGCCUUGUUAUCUAUGUAUGCAAGAUGUGGCAGUAUGCAGAAUGCUGAGAAGAUUUUCAAAAGCAUGCAACAGAAGAACAUUAGCUCUUGGAAUGCCUUGGUGGCUGGCUAUGGUUUAAAUGGUCAAGUAAGUGAUGCUCUAUGUGUGUACUCACAGAUGUUAAGCUCUGGGUUCAGACCAAAUGGGAGGACUUUAUUGUCAUUGUUGUCUGCUUGUAGCCAUUCUGGUAUGGUGGAGAAAGGUUUGCAGCUUUUUAAAUCUAUGGUUUAUGAUUUUGGUGUAACCCCAAUACUUGUUCACUAUGGUUGCAUGGUGGAUUUGCUUGGGCGUGUUGGAUAUGGCAAGAGGCCAUGA